CAGCUGUCUCACCCAGCCACACUUACUGGCCCCUCCUCCAGCCUUUGCUCAGUUUCCUGGGCAGAAGGUGUCACCUGGCACCAACCCCGCUCCUGGGCUUAAGUUACUGCUGGCUCUCAAGUAUCAUCCCUCAGUGAAGUCACACCCUUAUAUCCCACCAUCAUCUAGUAUUGGUGCAGACAGUAAACUAGUAAAACAUUGCCAGAUUAAUACUCCCCACUCCGUUACACCCCGCAGGAUAGAUCCCAAUUCACUGCAUGACUGAGAUGGGGGCAGGGAGGGUUCUGAUCUCAGCUCUUUGGGGUCAGUCUGGAGUCACCCCUGACUGUAGCAGGGGCAGGGCUGAAUUUACCCUGGAGAAUUGAAGGAAUCAGAGACUGGAAAUUUCCUUUCUACCUCCUGUGUCUCACCCCGGCUGUGAGCCGCGGGGCCGGACUGCACCCCAGGGACGGGCAGGGGGUAAAACGCUGGAGCGACAGAUGGGCAGAGGAUUGAAUCAGACGGAUGUGGUUUGUGUCACCCCCACUCACUGCCUGUUUGUUUGGGCCUCCAGAGGGGUCCUAUCCCAAACCCUCCAUCUCCAUCAGCCCCAGGGGGUGAUUGCCGUGGGGGGAAACGUCACCAUCCAGUGUCACCAUCAGCUCCUGGACAUGAGGAUCCUCGUCUACAAGGAUGAAGAUGAGAAUUAUCUGAAUUACACAGACCCUGCUGGCUCUGAGGCUGAAUUUCCCAUCACCAGCACCAGACGGGAACUCGGGGGCACCUACACCUGUCGUUAUAUCUACAGAUCAGGAGGAACUGCCUACUCUGAGCCCAGCGACCCUGUGCAGAUCAUUGUAGCAGGCUGCUGGCUGGCUGGGUGCAGCGGGGUGUCAGGACACCCUGCCGGCUCUGAGGCUGAAUUUGCCAUCACCAGCGCCAGACGGGAACACGGGGGCAGCUACACCUGUCGUUAUAUCUACAGAUCAGGAGGAACUGUCUACUCGGAGCCCAGCGACCCUGUGCAGAUCAUUGUAACAGAUCCCAGCUUACCCAGACCCUCCAUCUCUCUGAGCCCCUCUGGGGUCACCGCCCCAGGGGCAGAUGUCACCAUCCAGUGUCAGGGUCCACGCUGGGACGUGAGGUUCUUCCUGCACAAGGCUGGAGACCUGAACCCGCAGCAACACAUGGACCCUGCUGGGGCCGCGGCUGAGUUCCGCAUCCCCACCGUGGGCCGGCAGCACGGAGGGAAUUACAGCUGCAGCUACCGGCCCCGGUCAGAGCCCUUCGUCUUCUCGCAGCCCAGUGACACCGUGCAGCUGGUGGUAGCAGAGCCCAGCUACCCCAAACCCAGCAUCUCCGUGAGCCCCGGCGAGGAGGUCUCACUGGGGACAGCCGUGACCGUCCGGUGUUGGGGGCAGCACCCGGGCGUGUGGUUUGUGCUGAAUAAAGAGGGACGUCAUUUCCCACCUGUCGAUUCGGACGGGUUGGAGGCUGAGUUUUCCACCAGCAACGUUCACCGGGAUCUUGGCGGGAGCUACACCUGCUCCUAUCACAGCAGAUCAGAGCCGUUCGCCGUGUCAUACCCCAGCGACCCCAUGGAGCUCGUGGUGAGAGAUCCCAGCUUACCCAGACCCUCCAUCUCUCUCAGCCCCACUGCGGUUACCGCCCCAGGGGCAGACGUCACCAUCCGGUGUCAGGGGCAGCGCCGGGACGUGAGGUUCUUCCUGCACAAGGCUGGAGACCUGAACCCGCAACAACACAUGGACCGUGCUGGGGCCGGGGCCGAGUUCCGCAUCCCCACCGUGGGCCGGCAGCACGGAGGGAGCUACAGCUGCAGCUACCGGCCCCGGUCAGAGCCCUUCGUCUCCUCGCAGCCCAGCGACACCGUGCAGCUGGUGGUAGCAGAGCCCAGCUACCCCAAACCCAGCAUCUCCGUGAGCCCCGGCGAGGAGGUCUCACUGGGGACAGCCGUGACCGUCCGGUGUUGGGGGCAGCACCCGGGCGUGCGGUUUGUGCUGAAUAAAGAGGGACGUCAUUUCCCACCUGUCGAUUCGGACGGGUUGGAGGCUGAGUUUUCCACCAGCAACGUUCACCGGGAUCUUGGCGGGAGCUACACCUGCUCCUAUCACAGCAGAUCAGAGCCGUUUGCCGUGUCAUACCCCAGCGACCCCAUGGAGCUGGUGGUGAGAGAUCCCAGCUUACCCAGACCCUCCAUCUCUCUGAGCCCCACUGGGCUCGUGGCCUCAGGGGCAGACGUCACCAUCCGGUGUCAGGGUCCACGCUGGGACGUGAGGUUCUUCCUGCACAAGGCUGGAGACCUGAACCCGCAGCGACACAUGGACCCUGCUGGGGCCGAGGCCGAGUUCCGCAUCCCCACCAUGGGCCAGCAGCACGGAGGGAACUACAGCUGCAGCUACCGGCCCCGGUCAGAGCCCUUCGUCUCCUCGCAGCCCAGCGACACUGUGCAGCUGGUGGUAGCAGAUGCUGGUUCUAUUCCCACAGGGGGAAUGGACUCAGCCCAGCCUGGAGCGGCACCAGCUCCCAACCGCGUGGGCAGAGCAGGGCCAGGCGGAUCGGAACCGCCGGCACCUCUGGGUCUGACCAGCCUCAUCAUCGCCGGGGUGAGCGCGGCAGCUGCUGCCCUCCUCCUGCUUCUCCUCCUGCUCCCCGUGGCCUUCGUCUGCUACAGAAGAACCCGAGCCAGAAAACGAGAUGCACCGAGACCGAGCAGCACCAUCCCCUUGGAGGUAUUGAAGGCGCCAGCUCAGCAAGACCCCAUCUAUGCCUCCAUCGACGAAGGAAAAGAAACAGAGCCCAGCCUUGGCACUGACGGACUCACCUACGCCGAGCUGGACCGCCAGGCGCUGCAGGCCAAGCGGGGGGACCUGGUAUCUGGCUGCUGGCUGGCCGGGCAGAGCGGGGUGUCUGGACAGAGUGGAGAGUCUGGACAGAUCCCUACGCCCGGACCCUCCAUCUCCGUCAGCCCCAGCGGGGUGAUCACACUGGGGAGAGCUGUCACCAUCCGCUGUCAGUGUCGGUGCGAGGCCAGGACAUUACUGCUGUAUAAAGAUGGAAUCAAAAUCUGGGCACUGGAUGCUGCUGGGGACGGGGGUGAAUUCACCAUCCCCAGCGCCAGGCGGAAAGACAGAGGGGCCUACAGCUGCCGAUCUCGCUCCAGAUCGGAGCCACCCGACUGGUCGUAUCCGAGUAACAUUGUGCAGAUCACUGUAGCAGGGCCCCGUCUCUGGGACUGUGCGGUGAGGACGGGGCGCAGUGACUGUGCUGGGGUCUGUCUCACGCUCUGUCCCCUUCUCACUGCAGAGCUCAGCUACCCCAAACCCUCCAUCUCCCUGCGCCCCAGCGGGGGGGUAGUCUUGGGGGGAGCCGUGACCGUCCGGUGUUGGGGUCGGCACCAGAACAUGAGGUUCCUUCUGUACAAAGAUGGAAACCUGAACGCGCUGCAGAAUGCAGAGCUUCCUGGGGCUGAGUUUCCGAUUCACAAUGUGAGCCGAGGAGACGCAGGGAGUUACAGCUGCUAUUAUCAUGAAAAAUUGAACCCGUUCAUCUGGUCGCAGCCCAGCGACCCUGUGGAGCUGGUGGUAGCAGGGCGUGAAUACCCCAAACCCACCAUCUGGGUGAGCCCCAGCAAGGUGGUGGCGCUCAGGGGAAACGUCACCAUCCGCUGUGUGGGUCGGUACCCAGGCAUGGAGUUCGUUCUGCGUAAAGCUGGACACCCGAACCCGCAGGUGUGGACGGUGCGUGAUGGGACCGUGGCUGAAUUUCCCAUCCCCAGUGUCGGCUGGGAAGAUGGAGGGAGCUACAUCUGCGAAUAUCACUCCAUAACGGAUCAGAGUCGCUGGUCAUAUCUGAGCGACCCCGUCAAGAUCAUUGUAGCAGAUGAGGGCUUACCCAGACCCAACAUCUCUCUGAGCCUCAUUUGGCUCAAUGCCCCAAGGGCAAACGCCACCAUCCGGUGUCAGGGGCAGCGCCGGGAUGUGAGGUUCUUCCUGCACAAGGCUGGAGACCUGAACCCGCAGCGACACAUGGACCCUGCUGGGACCGGGGCCAAGUUCCGCAUCCCCAGCGUGGGCCGGCAGCACGGAGGGAGCUACAGCUGCAGCUACCGGCCCCGGUCAGAGCCCUUCGUCUCGUCAUACGUCAGCAGCUCUGUGGAGCUGGUGGUAGCAGGCGGAACCGACCCGAUUCACCCUGGAGCGUCGCCGGCUCCCACACGCCUGGGCAGCGCGGGGCCAGCAGGCUCCCCCCCGGAGCGCCUGGAUUUCACCAAGGCCAACAUCGCCCGCCUGGCGCUGGGCGCCGUGGUCCUGCUGGUCCUGGGACUGAUCCUGAUACGUUUUAAUGAGCCUGAGCUUCGAAAAGCUCUGCUCACCACACACGACUGUGGCCAGCGGCGUGAGCAGAAGCCUCAGAGCUGCUCACACAUUAGGAGAAGUGUCCCGGAGCUCUGCCUCACGUGUGUGGUGGAGAACUUGGAGUGGGGAGCGCGUCCCGUGUGGCAAAAGGUGACGGACUUUGUCCGAUUCGACAGAGAGGUCUUUGUCAUUGACGUCCGAACAGUCCCCAUGCAUCAGCGCCCGAAGGGGCCGAGUGCAUCACGGGCUUCCUGGUGCUGCAGCCCCCGGCGCAGUUCCUCAUUCCGCUCGCACUCGGGCCUCAGGCUUGGUGGAGCUCAGCACUGCGGUGUUGGUGACAGCACUGAGUUGCCCCCACUGCCCAUGGCAUCUGCUCUCACCGUCUUCCUCCUCGGCUGCUGGCUGGCCGGGUGGAGCAGGGUGUCCGGACAGGGGUCCUACCCCAAACCCUCCAUCUCUGUCAGCCCCAGUGGAGUGAUCCCCGUGGGGGGAAACGUCACCAUCCGAUGUUGGCAUCAGCACCAGAACAUGAGGUUCCAACUCUACAAGGCUGGAGAUGGGAACUAUCUGUCUUACACAGACCCUGCCGGCUCUGAGGCUGAAUUUCCCAUCACCAGCGCCAGACGGGAACACGGGGGCAGCUACACCUGUCGUUAUUGCUACAGAUCAGGAGGAACUGUCUACUCGGAGCCCAGCGACCCUGUGCAGAUCAUUGUAACAGAUCCCAGCUUACCCAGACCCUCCAUCUCCCUGAGCCCCACUGGGGUCGUGGCCUUAGGGGCAGACAUCACCAUCCUGUGUCAGGGGCAGCGCCGGGACGUGAGGUUCUUCCUGCACAAGGCUGGAGACCUGAACCCGCAGCAACACAUGGACCCUGCUGGGGCCGGGGCCGAGUUCCGCAUCCCCAGCGUGGGCCAGCAGCAUGGAGGGAACUACAGCUGCAGCUACCGGCCCCGGUCAGAGCCCUUCGUCUCCUCGCAGCCCAGCGACACCGUGCAGCUGGUGGUAGCAGAGCCCAGCUACCCCAAACCCAGCAUCUCCCUGCUGAGCCCCAGCGGGCGGGUCUCCCUGGGGGGAGCCGUGAGCGUCCGGUGUCGGGGGCAGCGCCGGGGUGUGCGGUUCGUGCUGAAUAAAGAGGGACGUCAUUUCCCACCUGUGGAUUCGGACGGGUCGGAGGUUGUGUUUCGCAUCAGCAACGUGAGCCGGGAGGACGGCGGGAGCUACAGCUGCUCCUAUCACAGCAGAUCGGAGCCGUUCACCGUGUCAUACCCCAGCGACCCCGUGGAGCUGGUGGUGAGAGAUCCCAGCUUACCCAGACCCUCCAUCUCUCUGAACCUCACUGCCCCACGGGCAGAUGCCACCAUCCGGUGUCAGGGGCAGCGCCGGGACGUGAGGUUCUUCCUCUACAAGGCUGGAGACCUGAACCCGCAGCGACGCAUGGACCGUGCUGGGGACACAGCCGAGUUCCACAUCCCCACCGUGGGCCGGCAGCACGGAGGCAACUACAGCUGCAGCUACCGGCCCCAGUCGGAGCCCUUCGUCUCCUCAGAGCUCAGUGACCCCGUCAAGAUCAUUGCAACAGCAGAUUUCACCAACACCAACAUCGCCCGCCUGGGGCUGGGUGCCGGGGUCCUGCUCGUCCUGGGGCUGAUCCUGGCUGAGGCCUACUACAGCCGUCCAAGGGAGGGUGCCCUAGGAGUCUGGAUCCGGCCCUACGGAGAAGAAAAUCUCCCCGGGGGAAGAGCUGCUUCCCCUCGGGGCACUGAGACAACAGCACAAACUCCCCUGCCCCCAAACACCCCUGCCCUGGAGAAUCCCCCCCAAACAGCUCCCAAUCUGACAGCGGCACCCCAGGAUUGAACCCCCGCUGCCGUGUGUGACGUUGAGUGACAAAGUGGGGGAUUUUCUUGUUUUUUCCUUGGUUUUCCAAUGGUUUGCAUGCAGAGGGGGUGGGACUCCGUGUUACUCAUUUAAACAAGGGGAGAGGAGAGGGAGUUUUGUUGUUGCAGAGGACCAGCGAGGGAACUUGGGACCCCGGCCAAUGGCCUGGAGAAUGGAGACCCCAGUGACUGGUGACCUGGUGACCCGGAGGCCCAGCUCGGGGAUCGCAGCUGGUUCCGGUCAGUGGGAGGACAAUGGGCUGCGAAGACAGGACCCCGGUGACCUGACCAGCCGGUUCCAGCCAGAGGGGCCAGAGGACAGAAGAGGGGAGAGGAGACCCCAGUUUACGACCCUGUUUACCUGGAGAGAAGACAAUGGACAGAGGCAGGGUCUUGGGGCUGGGAUAUUGGAGGCCCAGCUGGGGAGCAGGGCAGCUCUGGGCUGGAGAGGGGGAGCAGGCAGAGCCCACCUGGAUGCAGGGGAGACUGGGAUGUGCUGUGCUGAGGAAGGCCAGGCCUGUGCUGUGCUGUGCUGUGACUCCUGAGCUGGGUCGUCGGGUUGUCAGGUCCACAGUUGCUGGGGUCUCCAUCCUCCAGGCCAUUGGCUGGGGUCCCAAGUUCCCUGUCUGGUCCUCUGUACCAACAAACUCCCUCUCCCCUCACCUCGUUAAACCAGUAACACCCAGGGAAACUGAGUCCCACCCCUUCUGCAUGCAAACCAUUGGAAAAAUAAGGAAAAAACAAGAAAAUCCCCCACUUUGUCACAGCAAUUCACUUUGUUCUGUCUGUUACUACUUGGAACCACUGAAAUCCUACUUUCUGUACUUAGUAAAAUCACUUUUUACUUAGUAAUUAA